AUGGUUGAGGAGCGGUUCAAUACCCUCAGGUUCCUGGAUCAGCCCUACGAGGUCAGGAAGUUGGUUUACUAUCAUCUAGAUGGGCAAUACACGAAUGCAAAUCCACCAGCACUGGAUGCACUUUACCAUGGUGCCAUUGAGAUACCCAAUGUGCGAGAUUAUGGUGGCUCCAAGAAGGUGAAGAAGUACUACCGCCAACUGGUGAAGAAAUUGUACCCGUUAUUUGAGCAAUACUUGCAGAAUUUCCAAUACUCGCCAGCAAUGAUCGAGAGCUGGCUAGAGUACUCGCUAUGGCUACGAUAUGAUGCGAUAGUGUUGGAUUCGCUGCGCCUUAAUCACCUCUAUGAUGGUGAAUUAGUAGGCCCACUUGACUGGAUUGAGAUAGAUGGUGAUCUAAGACUUGCUGUGAUCAACAAACUCUACAUGUUGCAGGUCUGGUACUCUUACGGUGAGUACAAAAGAUGGGUCAUUAGGAAUAAUAUAACAGAUUAUGGUGAUAUGGAAUUAGGAUACCUGCGAUUGAACUUGGAAAUGCAGAGAGAUGGGCAGAUACCUAAUAUAAUACAGAAACUGCGCAAGAAAGAACAAUUGAAUCUGAUAUCAGAAAUCAAUUUUACAACAAACAUUGAUACUGUGACUAACGGGAAUGCUAAUGGCAAUGUAAAGAGAGGCACCAAUUUGAAAAGGGCAAGAUCUGACAGUCCGGAUGUCUAUCUUGAAGAUCCGAUGGUAAAAGAACGUUAUCAAAUACCAAAUGAUCCCGCCCUCACUGAAACGAUUGUUAAUUUAGAAGAGAUGAAGCAGGUCUCCAGCCUUUCUGUCAGAGGGAAGAAUCUUUAUGAGUCUCUAAUAAAUGUCCAUGGUGCAAGAGAUAAUCCAGGCAGAACCAUCUCAUACAUAAGUAGGAGGAGGGUUAUGAGGAUAGCAAUGAAUCAGGUUUUAAAUCCUUCUGAAACAGGUUUGGCUGAUCUAACCAAAUGGGUAAAUCUUCGAGUAAUCAGUAUAAAUGACUGCGGGUUUAUUGAUCUGAAUAAGCUUAUCUUACCUAGCAAGGCCAUUAGCUUGUCUCUGAGUAAUAUAAGAGAGCUACGGUGGUGGGAAUUUGAAAUGGACUCAGCUAUUCAGGCACAAUUUCAACAAAAUAAAUUACUUCCAUAUAGGCCAUUAUUUGAUUUGUGUGAAGCUGGUAUUCACUAUACUCUCGAUAAGAAGUCUAUAUCGUUGGUAGAAUUGAAGAAAUUUCAAACAACUAUAUGGAAGAAGUUACAGGCCUUGAAUUGGAUUAAGAUUAAUAAUGUGGCGAUGAUCAGUAAUAAGUUUAUUGUCAUACCAAAGACACUUUACGAGUCGAAGAGAACUGUAAUUUUUUCUACCACGGUUCAUAGUAACAUAGUUGUGAUUUAA